CCACCUACACUACAAUCUCACCUCUGAAACCCGCCUCGCGACAGAGAGACAUUCCAAAACUACAGCAUGUCAAUCAUCAUCACCGGCGCAAGCGGCUACGUGGGCCAGGAACUGGCCGCGGCGCUGCUAACCACCUACCCGGAGAUCACGGUGACGCUGACGGACGUGGUCACGCCGACGGUCCCCGCAACCGCAGCGCAGCACGUCGCGCGGACCCGCUGCCUCGAAGCCGACCUGACCUCGCCCACGGUCGUCGACGAGCUCUUCCCCGCGGCGCAGCCCUACGAGACGGUCUACCUCCUGCACGGCAUCAUGUCCAGCGGGUCGGAGGCCAACUUCGAGCUGGGGAUGCAGGUCAACCUGGACGCGACGCGGCGGAUCCUGGACCGGCUCCGCACCGUGACCCCCGGGGUGAAGGUGGUUUUCACUUCCAGCCUGGCGGUGUAUGGGCCCGCGCCGACGGGGCUCGUGAUCGACGAGACCAACUUCCCGCCGGUGCCGUCGUCCUCCUACGGCUCGCAGAAGCUCAUCGUCGAGACGCUGCUGAACGACUACUCGCGCCGCGGCUUCCUGGACGGCCGCGCCGUCCGUCUGCCCACCGUCACCGUGCGCGCCGGCAAACCCACCCAGGCCGCCAGCAGCUUCGCCAGCGAUAUCAUCCGCGAGCCCUUCCACGGGCGCAGGGCGGUUCUGCCAGUCCCUAAGGACACGCAGAUGUGGAUCUGCUCGCCGCAGACGGUGGUCAGGAAUCUCGUGCAUGCGCGCGAGGUGCCCGCCGAGGCGUUCGGGGAUUCUCGGGCGGUGAAUUUGCCCGGGUUGUUGGUAAGCAUUCAGGAGAUGUUGGAUGCGUUGGAGGAGGUGGGCGGGCCGGAGCGUAGGGCAUUGGUCGAGGAGAAGUAUGAUCCGGAUGUGGAUCGCAUCGUGCAGACGUGGACGCCGAAUUUCAAUACGGCCCGGGCGCUGAGGUUGGGGUUUGUGGAGGAUGUGUCUAUGAUGGAGAAUAUUCGGCAGUAUGCGAGUCGAUUUGCGUGAGGAAAUGAGAUAAUGUAUUGGGAAUGUGGAGGUGGAGGAGGUGGAGGAGGUGGUGGUGGUAGUUGAAGCUGUUGCUGUCAUGUAGUAUGAUGUAUGUUGUACUGUACAGCG